AUGAUUCUUUGUGAAGCGGGCCAGCUUGAAGAGGCAUUGUCCAAACUCGAGGAGAAUGCCACUGUCAUAGUAGAUAAAGUAUCUUAUAUGGAAAGAAGAGGUUCUAUUUUGAUGAAGCUUGGAAGGCUGGAAGAGGCUGAAAAAGUGUAUCGGCAACUCAUUGAUCGGAAUCCGGAAAAUAUAGACUAUUACGAUAGGCUAGAGAACUGCAUUGGCUUAGGUGCUCCCGUUGCCGACCGUAUAGCCAUGUAUGACUAUUUUGCUGACCGGUAUAAGCGUGCUGCGGCUCCUCGACGGCAACCACUAUACUUGCUGGAGGGACCGGAGCUUGCUCAUCGUCUUGAUGAAUGGAUCGUGAAAGGGUUGCGGAAAGGUGUUCCUAGUCUUUUCAAGAAUCUAGUCCCCUUGUACAGCAGUCCUAGCAAGGUUAGCAUCAUCGAGCAAUUACUGCUGGAUUAUGUGAAACAUGUAGAAACGAAUGGUUACCGUGGAGGAUCACUUCAUGGGGAUGGUGAUGAGAUGGAAUCUCCAACAUCUGCUCUCUGGCUCUACUUAUUAGUCGCUCAGCACUUUGAUCGAGUUGGCAAUAUUCCAGUGGCGAUGAAAUAUGUCGAGUCAGCAUAUGCGCACACUCCUACUCUCAUAGAGACAUUAAUGGUAAAAGCAAAGAUAUAUAAGCAUGCUGGAGAUUAUUCUGAAGCGGCCAGGCUCAUGGAUGAAGCCCAAUCUUUGGAUACAGCUGACCGCUAUAUCAACAGUAAAGCCGCCAAAUAUCUGCUUCGUGCUGGACAGAUGGAACGUGCGGAGAAGAUGUGCGGCAAAUUUACUAGAGAAGGUGACAGAGCUUCGACGACUCUUAAUGAAAUGCAGUGCAUG